UUCAUUCUGAACCAAAGUGGGAAAUUCACAACUUGCUCGUUUGGCAACAGUCCUAUCAUCAUCGUGUUUGGACGCUAGGAAACCCACAAUGCCUCUCCCAUUCGAGUAUGCCCGAGGCCUCAACAAGGGCCACAAAGUCACCAAGACAAAGUUCAAGCCUCGCCAUGGCGCCAGGAAAGGACGCAUCACUGCCCACAACAAAUUCAUUCGUGACAUCGUGCGUGAAAUUGUUGGCUUCGCCCCAUAUGAGCGUAGGUGCAUGGAGUUCCUGAAGGUGUCCAGAGAAAAGAGGGCACUCAAGUUCCUCAAGAAGAGACUGGGCACCCACCUCCGUGCCAAGAGGAAGAGGGAGGAGCUUCAGAAGGUCAUCCUUCAACAGAGGAAGGCUGCUGCCGCCGCUGCAGCUGCUGCGCAUUAAAGCUGCUGCGUAUGAAA